AGUUGCAGGAACAUUGAAAGUCAUGCCAGAAACUUUGAAGCACAUGAACUACCAACAAUGUUAGAUAAGAAAGCAGAUAAAACUUAUGUGGAUGCAGAACUAACAAAGAAAUUUUCGAAACCAGAUACAAUGACAUUUACAACAGAAAUUAUAAAUGGUGAACCAGCAACUCCAUUUGAAUUUGUUAGAGGUCUUCAACCAGAUACUUUUGAAUUUUUCUUGGAUAAUUCUAUUGAACUAACAUUACAUUAUAAAAGUGGAACAAAUGCAACAUUUCAUCCGGGAGAUACAUUCCAAAUGGUAUUUAAUGACAUAAGUUCUUUAGAAUAUGUUUAUAGAGUUAUGAGCAUAUAUGAUUUAAUAUAUCCUAUAGGAGCUGUUUAUACGUCUAUGAAUCCAAUAAAUCCAAACACUUUAUUUGGUGGUAGAUGGUAUGAAAUAGUUGACAGUUUUCCAUUCUACACUAAUACGCAGUCAAUGAAGAUGGGAGGUUCAAAGAAAAUAGGUAUUGAAAACCUUCCUUCACAUAUGCAUAGGUUCAGUGGAAGAACAUCUGUGGAAGGAAACCAUUCACAUUCAAUAACAAAAAGAGGUUAUACAAAUCUUGCAGCGGGUUCGGAUAGACAGGGAAUGCAUAGAUAUGAUAUUUCAACUGACCCAGUAGAUUCAAGCACAGGUAUUUUCUGUGGAACCGCAGGAAAUCAUACACAUGUUGUAGCUGGUAUUACAGACCCAGCAGGUAAUGGAAAAGAUUAUAUGCCUCCUUAUAUAACAAUGCACGCUUGGAUACGAGUUGGUUAA